AUGGGGCGUAGUCUUGAAGUUUGGAAGAUGGGCACCGUCAGUUACCUGGAGGCGCUGAAGCUGCAAGAGAAGUUGGCAUCUGAUAGAAAAGCCCUUAGAAUUACUGAUACCCUAUUAUCUCUACAACAUUCACCGACAUAUACAGUUGGCAAAAGGGAAACAGUUCAGAAUCUACUCAUUCCUGAUUCAGAGCUUAAAGCCAUUGGGGCAGAACUUCACUAUACACAGAGAGGAGGUGACAUUACUUUUCAUGGUCCUCACCAAGCGAUCUUGUAUCCCAUUGUUUCAUUGAGAGAUAUUGGUUUGGGGGCUAGAAAGUAUGUGGAGAAGCUUGAGCUAACCAUGAUUGAAUUGGCAUCUAUAUAUGGUGUGAAAGCGCAGGUUGGACGAAGAUGCGAAACUGGGGUUUGGGUUGAGGACAGAAAGAUUGGUGCAAUUGGAGUUAGAAUUUCAUCUGGGAUCACAUCUCAUGGAUUAGCAUUCAACAUGGAUCCUGAUUUAAACUACUUUAAGCAUAUUGUGCCUUGUGGGAUUGCAGAUAAAGAUGUAACAUCUUUGAAGAAAGAGGCAGAUGUAGAGCUUCCUGCUGAAGAAGUGAUACAGGAGCAGUUGAUCGCUUGUUUUGUAAGAGUAUUUGGGUACAGCGAUGUCAUUUUGAAAGAUAAGUCAGUGUUAUAA